AUGUCAGACACGGAGGAGGUCACCGAGGAGUAUGAGCAGGAGCAGGAAGAGGAGUGCGUGGAGGAAGAAGAGGAAGAAUGGAUAGAGGAAGACGACGGUCAGGAGGAGCAGGUAGAGGAGGUGGAGGAGGAGACCACAGAAGCCAAGGCAGAAGAACAAGAAGAUGAAACGAAAGCAGCAGGAGAAGGUGGAGAGGGAGAGCGGGAGCAGGAGCCCGGGGAAGGUGAAUCGAAGCCAAAACCCAAGGUCUUCAUGCCCAACCUGGUGCCCCCCAAGAUCCCAGAUGGCGAGAGACUGGAUUUUGAUGACAUUCACCGCAAGCGCAUGGAGAAGGACCUGAACGAGCUGCAGGCCCUCAUCGAAGCCCACUUUGAGAGCAGGAAGAAGGAGGAAGAGGAGCUGCUGUCUCUCAAGGACAGGAUUGAGCAGCGGCGAGCGGAGCGGGCGGAGCAGCAGCGGAUCCGCAGCGAGCGGGAGAAGGAGCGCCAGGCCCGCAUGGCCGAGGAAAGAGCUCGCAAGGAGGAAGAGGAGGCGCGGAAGAGGGCGGAGGAGGAGGCGCGGAAGAAGAAGGCGUUCUCCAACAUGCUGCACUUUGGGGGAUACAUGCAGAAGUCAGAGAAAAAGGGUGGGAAGAAGCAAACAGAGCGGGAAAAGAAGAAGAAGAUCCUCAGUGAGCGACGGAAGCCCCUGAACAUCGACCACCUCAGUGAGGACAAGCUCAGGGACAAGGCCAAGGAGCUGUGGCAGAACAUCCAUGACCUGGAGGCUGAGAAAUUUGACCUGCAGGAGAAGUUCAAGCGGCAGAAAUACGAGAUCAAUGUUCUUCGAAACCGCAUCAGUGACCACCAGAAAGUCAAAGGAUCCAAGGGUGCCCGUGGGAAGACCAUGGUGGGCAGCCGAAGGAAGUAGAGGCUCAGGGAGAGAGGAGGCCAAGCCUCAGGAGCUGCAGUGGCUGCACAGAGCCCUGGCUGCAGG